CGUCAACAUUGUAGACGGUCAAACACCCCGUAUGUACUCGCAGCUUCUGUCUCCGGUAUACACGGUGGAAACAUGUCGGUAAGGAGAGAGCCCAGCGGAGGAACUACUGCGGUCAUCACAUGUACACCUGAGACAUAAAGACGCAGGCGUUGUAGCCGAACUACUGGGGGGUUAGGGUACUAUUUCACGGACCAGUGUGGAGCGGAUGGACGGAUAAAGACAGACAGACAGUAGGGGACUCAACAGAAGACAGCAGGCUGCCGGUGGGCCGGUAGAGACAGAGAGACAGAGGGUGCUUAAACAAGAAGACGGGGGUUUGCUUGCUGCUUUGCUCGCUAGGUGAUGUUAUCCGUACUGUCUUAUGGCAGACUGGUAGCCAGGGCUGUCCUGGGCGGACUGUCUCAGACGGACGGUCGGGACUACAGCCUGAUCUCCGCCAGCUAUGGCUUCGGUAAAGACUUUCGCAAGGGGAUCCUGAAGAAAGGGAUGUGCUACGGAGACGAUGCCUGCUUCAUAGCGAGGAACAAGAACGCAGAUGUCUUAGGCGUUGCAGACGGCGUAGGUGGUUGGCGUGACUACGGCGUCGACCCGUCUCAGUUCUCCGCCACAUUAAUGCGAACCUGUGAGCGACUGGUGAAGGAGGGACGCUUCACUCCCAGUAACCCAGUGGGGAUCUUGACCUCGGGCUACUUUGAGCUUCUACAGAACAAAGUUCCCCUGCUAGGGAGCAGCACAGCCUGUAUCGUGGUCCUGGAUCGACGGAGUCACCGACUACACACGUGUAACCUCGGAGACUCGGGCUUCCUGGUGGUUCGGGAAGGAGAGGUGGUCCAUCGCUCAGACGAGCAGCAGCACUAUUUCAACACGCCCUUCCAGCUGUCCAUCGCUCCUCCUGGAGCUGAAGGGGUGGUGCUCAGUGACAGCCCCGAAGCGGCCGACAGCUCCUCCUUUGACGUGCAGCUCGGUGACAUCAUCCUGACGGCGACCGAUGGCCUGUUUGACAACAUGCCAGACUACAUGAUCCUUCAGGAGCUCAAAAAACUCAAGACUACCAACUAUGACAGCGUCCUGCAGACUGCACAGAGCAUUGCAAAGCAAGCUCACGACCUUGCCUACGACCCCAAUUAUAUGUCCCCUUUUGCACAGUUUGCCUGUGACAAUGGCCUGAAUGUAAGAGGAGGGAAACCAGAUGAUAUCACGGUGCUGCUGUCAAUCGUGGCUGAAUAUACAGACUAAAGUGUGUCUGAGAGUGUGUGUGUGCGAGCUUGAUCCUCACUCCCCAUCUGCCACCUGAGUCUUCCACCUGCUGCAGCCCUCCCAAAAAAAUGCACUGCAUCCUGUGGGGCUGUCAGGAGGAGGCCCACCGACACGCCACACACACUCCUCGCCGCUGGGCCGACGUCCACCCCGUGUACAUUUUUUUUGUUUUCUUCCUCUGUUUUUGUUUUGGUGCUUGAACGGUUGAGGGGGAAGCAGGCAGCUAGGACAUUUUUCAUGUUGAUCAUGAUGCAGGAGGAGCGGAGGACGACGACAGGCUGAGGGACGUCUUUCGGAUGAUGUGACUGAGAGGACAGUUUGGUUUGACUGAGGGCUUUAAAACCUGGUAGCCCUCGUGUAUAAAAGUGAUAUAAUAAAAGGCCAAGGUUUUGGAGUAGUAAGCUAGCUGUCUCUGUUGUUCCACUCGUUAAUCUGUUCCUUGUUGUAAAUGUGUUUGAACAAAGCAUAUAGGUGGACUGAGGAAGCUGAUGUUGGGAAUGGAAUGGGUGUCAAUAGAGAAUGGGAUUUAAGAGUUGGGUUACUAACUGAAUGCUCAGAUCAGAGAAACCUGUAAAGGGAAACCAUAACGCUUGUUAGAGCUUACAUGUGAAGGUUGAUCUGUUUUUUUGUCACUUGGCGGGGGGGAUACGUCGGAGCGCACAUCCUGAUAAUACGUUUGUAAAUAUUUUUGUGUUCAUGGGGCUUCGUUCUGGCCUUUCUGUUGUCUUUGCUUUGGUCGUCGAAGCAAAGAUCUAUUUCGUUACUAUUGUGGAUGAUGCACACACGCAUUCAUAAAUAUAUUUUUCUUGUAUAGAUGUUAAUCUUGAAGUGAGCUUUAUCAAUCCCACACUUCCACUCGCUGACACGAACAAGAAGAUCUUUGCCGAGACUGAUCGCUGCAACGGUCGUGUGGUAGGAAGGAUGUUAAAGAUGUGUGCGUGAGUGUGGUAUACAUGUGAGUUAUUGGAAUGUGUGGCGUAUUUAAUGUUAAUAUUUGUUCUCUCACAAAGCUAAAGCUAGCAUCUGGGAAUGCUUACUAUUGCAAUGAUAGGUCAGGCACGAGUUUAAAGGAAAAGAUGUAUUUUUUUAACGUUAUUUAGUUUCAAAAGUAAGAGUUUUCAAGCGUCUGAUGAAAUGUGUGUGAUGGAUGAUAAAGAUCCAGCUAUCUUAACAAGAAUCAGGUGUGUGUGUGUACGUGUGUGUGUGUGUCAAAUUUGUUGUUUUUUCAGUUCCUUAUUUCCCUUUCCAUUUGUUUGCUGCUUCUCUUUUGUAAUUCAGAUGUCUCUUUACGACUUGCAUUAUAUGACCAUGGUCACCAUGAUUGUAACGAGUGUGUGUGUGUAAAUGUGUGCUGCAUCAAACAACGUUAAUCAAAGACAUUACACUGUUCUGCUCAUGAUAGUCUGUCCUUUUGUCUAACAGCUCACCCAAGUGGUUUGGACAAUGUCUUUACAGUUUAAAAGCAGGUGCACCAAAGACGCAUUUUCUUUUCGCUUUGUUGCUACUAACAUCAUACAGCAAUACUGUAAAUUCCUUGUGCUCUGAAUCGUGUGUGUGUGUGUGUGUGAUGGCCAGAUGGUGCGGGUGGAAAUGUUCAGAGGGACAUUAAAAUAUGCCUAAAGUUGUUUUAUCGGAGCAAAAGCUGUAUUAUAUUCUUGAUUUAAGUUAAAUGUGACUGGUUGCAACAAAGUGUAAGACAGGUUUAUGAAACCAAAGAAGGAAAGCCAUAUAUUAUACACAUGAUUAGGGCACUGCUCUGUAAGCCCUGCUGUAAAGAUAACAUUGUGUUUCCUCCUCAUACACAUAAUGGACACAAUUAUUAUUCGAAUAUGAUCUGUCCUACUGUCUGCACUGUUCUUUUUGCAUGGUUUCUGUCUCAGCUACCACUUUUCAAAGUUAAUUUCACACAGUUGUUCUUGUCUUGGUGGUUUAUAAAUGGUGUAUAAAGGUUCUGAAGUUGUAUUUACUUACAAAGAUAGCCCUGUAUUUGACUGAGAUGUAAUACAUAUGCAGAAGGAGGGGUGGUGAGAUAGGUAACGGAGCUGUGAACUAACCGUAUGAGGGUGAGCACAGUUUCAGCCUUAACAAAUAGCUAGACCUGUAAUCAAGAGGCCUUUCCUGUCAUUGCAAGCUUGUCUCGUCUCGGUCGUGUCGCCCGGUGUUUGAUGUAAACGAAAGUCUGCCCCCACCCCCAGUUUUUCUCUCCUGUAAAGUUGUUCUCAAAGGUGCUUCUGCAGUCUGUAUGGUACGAUUGUCCUCUUUUCAGCAAGCAAUGUUUGUGUGUGUAUGAAAGAUACACCUAUGUCUACAGUGUAACAAUGCAGGUCUAAUUUAUGUAAAUAUGUUUUAAAAUAUGUACAAUAUUUAAAUAAAAGAAUCUAGUAUUUAUA